UGUUCGAUAUUUCACAGUUCAAUAGAAGUGUUCAAUAUGUUUCGAUCGGUAUUAGGACUUGCUGCUCUCAUCAGCUGCGUUUGCGUGAGCUAUGGAUUUACCCUACUGAAUGCAGGCGGAUACGUUCCUGUAGUAGUUAACAAAGCUACUAACAAAUCCUACUAUUUAGCCGACAAUGUUGUCGCGAACUUCUACCAAGCUAGCCAACUUUGCAAAGACAUUGGAAUGCGUUUAGUAUCCAUACCUGAUAAGGAUGUUCAAGAGUUCCUCUUCCAAACUGUUAACAGCGCAAACACGAAAACUCGUUACUGGUCGUCUGGAACCAACCUAGUCGAUGGUAAAAAUUGGGUUUGGCUCUCCGCGGUAAAACCAGUGGUCUACACCGAUUGGUUACCCGGUCAACCAGACUCUGCAGCUGAACAUUGCAUUGAACUACAGUUGCAGAAGAACAAAGGUCUCCAAUGGAACAAUUACAACUGUGACGUUCAACAGAACUUCAUUUGCGAAUCACCCGAUGUCGAUGAAGAUGGGAAAGUCGUCGCAAACAAUUGGCUUGGAGCAUUCGCUGAUCCAACAAUAUCACCCAACUUCCCCGUUUUCAAUUACAACAAGAACAGUUACUACAUUGGAAAUCAAGUAGCAUUAUCGUACUUGGAUGCUUCGAGAUUUUGCGAAUACAUCGGCAUGGAAUUGGUCUCGAUUGAAUCAAACGAAGAAAACAUGUACCUUCACAAAUACCUCAGAGACACCGUUGCUGGAACUUCGUUCUGGUCCGGAGGCAGUCGACUUAUCGACGGAAUGAACUGGUACUGGCUACCUUCCGGUCGUAAAGUAACUUAUACCAAAUGGUUGCCGAACGAACCUGGCUCGAAAACCGAGCACUGCAUUCAAUUGCAAUUCCAGAGGGACCAAGGAUUGUUCUGGAACGAUUUGCCCUGUACCAACGCUCAGAAUUUCAUUUGCGAAGCUCCCACCAGCAAAAUUGCGCAAUGUCCUGUACAAGAUCAUCAGUGUAACGGACAAAAUGAACACUGUGGGAAACCAACGAAGCAAACCAAAUAUCACUUGGUAAAGGAACAGGUUUCUUAUAAUAGUGCUGUUAAACAAUGCCAAGAUAUUGGAAUGGAAUUGUUGAGCAUUCAGAACAAAGCAAAGCAAAUUGCUGUAGAUAAAUUCAUCACAGAGUCAUCAUACACCAGCUGGAUUUGGACCUCGGGUAACAGAAUAGCCGAUCAGAAGACGUGGAGAUGGUUAUCAGGAGAACCGAUUUCCGAAUUUUUCUGGUACGAAGGAGAACCCAACAAUCAAAAGGGAAACGAAGAAUGCAUUUCGAUUGGCAAGAAGACAGGGGGAUCCGCUUGGAACGACGCCCCCUGCGAUGCUAAGAAUUAUUACAUUUGUGAAGCAGAAGAAAUCGUGAAUAACAACGAUAAUAACAGCAAUUGCGGUUGUCAAACACCCGCUAUUAAUGUUUACAUCGAUACCAACAAGCAAAAAGAGGUGAAUGUGCUUAAUUGAAUGAAAUUUGUGGAGAAAAUUAAAUAUAUUGAUAUAAAUUG